AUGGAGGCUUGUCAGCUUAAUGACCACCUAAACAAUCCCAUGCUGUUGAGAGAGUUAGUAGACAAACUUCCCAGCCAUUACAAACUGACCUGGGCUAUGCUCCCAAAAGACUCAAGCGCUGCAUUGGUUAAGUCGUUCAGCGACUGGCUCUACACAAUCGCUGAAGCAGCAUCCACAGUGACGCCAUCAAUUUACUCCAGGGCCAGCAACGUACACACCCACGUCCAGUACAGCAUGGAUGCCCAAGAAAACUCGGAGUACAAUCCACCAAGGUACAACGCUUCGCAAAGGGAAGCUACCCAUUGCAACGCCUGCAACAGUAUAUUCCAUCCUAUCACUGAAUCCGAGGCAUUCCAAAAGCUCCCUUACGAAAAGAAGCAGGAAAUGGUUAGGGAAUACAAGCUUUGCUUCAAAUGCUUGAAGAGUCAUGGUCGCAGGUGCUUUUCAACUCAGUUGUAUGAAGGGUCAUCGGUCACACUUAUAGACGAAAAACUCUUCAAAAAGUUAAACAUCCAAGGUACUCUGGAUCCCAUCUGCAUGCAGUGGACGAAUCAAACGACAAGAAGGGAGAACGAAUCCGUUCGUUUUAACAUAAAAGUCUCUAGCAUGGGCACCAACAGAACCUAUUGGUUAAACAACAUACAUACAGUACAAAAUUUAGGAUUACCAAAGCAAACGCUGGACAUCAAGGAGUUAACUAAUAAAUACACUUACCUGCAAAGAUUACCGACCGCAUCAUAUACGGAUGCUGAACCAAUGUUGCUGAUUGAAAUAGACAAUUGGAAGUUAGCCGUUUCGCGGAAAAUAAAAGAAGGAAGGUGGAAUGAUCCCAUCGCAUCCAAGUGCAUGCUCGGCUGGAGUGUGCAAGGGUCCGGAAAAGACAAUAAACAUUUUUCUAUGCACCACUGUCAAUGCAACUGGACUGAAAUUGAUAAGGCCGUUAAAGAAAGCUUCAACGUAGAACCCGUAAUUCCAAGGACACUUCGCUCUAAAGAUGAUGAAAAAGCUUUCAAAAUUAUGCAGGAGACGUGCGUAAAAAUCGACGGACUGUACGAAAUCGGCCUGCUUUGGCGCCAUAAAGAUACGGUACUUCCUGAAAGCUACACAAACGCACUAAAACGCCUAAAUUGUCUGAAAGCUAAAAUAGAGAAGGAACCAGAUCUACGAGUAAAAAUUCGGGAGCAAGUCAACAAUCUGCUGGAAAAAGGCUACGUCAUCGAGUUAAAAAAUGAAGAAGUCUAUCACAACCGUAUUUGGUACCUUCCAAUUUUCAUAGCCCAUAACUCCAACAAACCCAGUAAGAUUCGACUGGUUUGGGAUGCAGCAGCUAAAUCUCAUGGCGUCUCCUUAAAUGACUUCAUGCUUACUGGUCCGGAUCUUUUACAUCCACUGUCCGACGUUUUGAUGGCAUUCAAAGUCGGCAAAAUAGCGGUCUGCGCUCAUUACGUCAGGGACAAAAAUGCGGAGGACUACAAGAUGCAGUAUCCAAGAGCCUAUGAAGCCCCCACCCGAGCUCAUUACGUCGACGAUUAUAUAGACAGUCUAAACGACGAAGAGGAAGCUAAAGAAGGCGGUCAAACUAAUACAUUCAGCUGGGGGUUUCCACAUCAGAAACUGGACUUCCAAUUCACCCGAAGUCUUACACGCAUUAAAUGA